UCUCCUGCGCGUGGCUUUUGGUAACGACAUGUAGAAACGAAAAGGCAUCUCACUCUUUGCAAAAGUGUUACCUGUUAAUCAGGUGUGUGUGUGUGUGUGUGUGUGUGUGUGUGUGUGUGUGUUACUGGAGAGAUUAGGAAUCACUCAGGACCUGAUUAGAGGAGAACUAACCGACAGGCUGGAGGGAGAUGAAUCAGAAGAGUUUGCGCUCUGUUUUCCUGAUCUGAUCUGACGGAGAUGUGAAUGAUCAUCAUAUUGCCAUGUCACAGGUUAGGAUCGACAAAUCUCACCUCCCGCAGGUCUACGACGUGUGUCAGUGUUUCUCGGUGCUGGAAGACGGAGCUCUGGCGCACAGCCUUCAGGAGCAGGAGAUCGAGCAGUUCUACAGCUCCAACAUGCAGAAGAACCAGGCGGUGCAGAAUGACGUGCGCUUGGCCCGGAGGCUUCAGGACAACGAGGAGGAGGAGAGGGUCCGUCUCACACACCAGCUCCAGCAGCUGGAGGAGGAGGACUGCGAGUACGCCAGGGUGAUCCAGGAAGAGCUGCGGCGAAGCGACGAAGAAGCUCAGAGGAGAGAGGAAGGGGACGAGGAGAUGGCCAAGCGGCUGCAGGAGGAGGAAGAACUGAAGAUUAGGCAGGAGAGAACCACGGCUGGAGAGCCUCAGGACGAAGCAGACUCGCCGCUCAGCCAGAGGUUAGGGAUUUGGGAGCAGAUGAGGCGGGAUGCUGAACUGGCUCGUAGACUGCAGGAGGAGGAAGACAGACAACCUCACAGGAUGAGCCUUGAAACUGAUGUGGAUUUCCGUACAGUACAAGUGGCCCAAGAUGAGGAACUUGCUCUCUACAUGCAGCGACAGGAGAAGAAAAAGAACAACAGGAGGUCAUGUGAUCUGCUCAUGCUGGACAGGUCACAUGAUUCAAAAGGCACAGGCAGAAAAGUGUCGAGAGAGAGACUGAACUCCGAGGGCCUGCACUCACCUGUGGAAGAGGAACAAUCGCUGGAUCAGGAUGCACUAAUCCCCGCAUGCGCUGCUUUACACACACACUCCUUCCAUAACAUCGCAGAAGAACUGGACCCAACCUUCAGGAAACGAGAAAGUCAGAUCUCCACCAGUCCAUCAUCAGGAAUCUUCCUGGCUCCUCGGACACCUCACAGUAUUUUCUAUGAAUACCUUCCGGAACCUUCACACAUCCCGGCGAGUACACGCCAAGCCGAGAGGACGGGACGCCACAAAGCCAAAGAGAAACGGGAAAGCUGUAAGCAGCAGUAAAGGGAUGUGUAUGUGUGUGUGUGUCUGCAGUUGUGUACUGUAUUUCAGAGGAGGAUAAAACACAACGUCAUGGUGUGAUGAAGUUACUGUUACCAUCUCAGAGUUGAUUAGUUUCCUAGAUCUGUGCAUCCUGAAGCCAUUUAUUCCACUAAUACCGCAGCAUUAAAUCUGCCAAUCAUUAUCCCUUUUCAUGAAUUAAAUAAUGUCAUGUUGUAAAUUUUG